AUACACACAAAGUUCUCCCAUAGCAUUUAUCAUAAUGUCUUCUUGUUGUUCCUAAAUUUUGGAAAAAUUUAAACCGCCCGUUGGCCACUUGGCGAUAAAAGAUUUUCUUUACUGUUCUUCGUCGUAAUUUGCCAUUUUAUUUCUAAACAAGGUAGAUUAGCAGCGACAACAUAGAUUACUCUCAUGGAUCGAUGAAAAUUUAAACCAAAUAGCGACUAAGAGUGGUAAAAAUGGAUGACUCAGGGAAGAAGGAAGAUGGGCCAAAAAAUGACCAAAAAACAGAAAUAAACGGAGAUUCAGAGUCUAAAUACACUGAAGAUCCGAUGAAAGAGCUAAAUAUAGCUUAUGAAGCUACAAAAGGAAGGAAUUUGGAUCUAAAGGAUAACCCAGAGUAUUUGGAAAGACUCAGAAUUGAAGCCCGUAGAACGUAUCUAGAAAGCCGUGAGGAUGACAGAUUAAUCCUAGCAAAGAGAGCUUUAGAUGAGAAGGAAAUUGUAUACAAGGGAAGUCGCGACGAAUACUCCAAGAGAUCAUUAGAAUUCGAGAGAGAGACGGUAUCUCUAGCUAAGGGAGCCAUUGAAGCCAGAAACAAAGAUUCAGGUUUAAUUACAUACCAACUUCCGGACAGCUAUGAUGAGGAUACAAAUGCAAGAUUAGCUGUGCUCAAGAGGAAGGAGGUGAGCAAAGAUACCUCCGCGCCAGAUGAAAGACGAGCCUGGGAGGACACUCAGAUUAAGUUUGGCACUGUAUCAUAUGGAUCUACAGAUAAAACCACUGUGGAUAAAAAGGAAACUCAAAUGAAGGGAACAUCUGACGGGAUAGAUUUUGUACUUGAUGCAUGUGAUCCAGGGAAUUUGGAAUUUGAUUCAAAGGCAGCAGCCGCUUCAGCCGUAUCCGCUUUAUCUACAGAUAUUGUAUCAGAUGAAGAAUAUACUAGCUCUAGCGAGGAGGAAGAUGAAGAAGAAACUGACAAGCGUUUCAAGUUUUCAGAGAGAAUACUAAGGAGGAAGCUCAAGAGGGAGAAAAAGGAACGCAGAAAAAUUUUGGAGGAGAGGAUGAAACUUCCAGUUUAUCUUUAUCGACACGACAUCCUAGCCGCUAUUAGAGAGUAUCCAGUUCUAAUAGUGGUAGGAGAAACGGGAAGUGGUAAAACUACGCAAAUUCCGCAAUAUCUCCACGAAGUUGGCUAUUCCAAGGCUGGAAUAAUUGGAUGUACUCAACCUAGGAGGGUUGCCUGUAUGUCUGUCUCUGCCAGAGUCGCCAGAGAGGUUGGGACAAAGCUUGGUAACGCUGUGGGAUAUACUAUCCGUUUUGAAGAUUGUUCUACAAGCUCUACGAAUAUAAAGUAUAUGACCGAUGGUAUUUUACUAAGGGAGCUGAUGACAGAUCCUCUACUCUCAACCUACUCAUCUAUGAUUAUAGAUGAAGCACAUGAACGCACUAUUCAUACAGAUAUUUUGUGUGCCCUUUUAAAGGACCUUUCUAGACAUCGAAAGAAUUUUAGGUUGAUCAUUUCAUCAGCAACAUUGGAGGCCGAGAAGUUUGCUUUAUAUUUUGAUAACGCACCAAUUUUUAAAAUUCCAGGAAGGAGGUAUCCUGUCCAGAUUUACUACACAAAAAGUCCAGAGGCUAAUUUUUUGGAUGCUUCCGUCAUUACUGUACUUCAAAUUCAUCUCACCCAGCCCCUUGGUGAUAUCCUUGUAUUUCUACCCGGGCAACAAGAAAUCGAAGAGGUCCAAGAAGAGCUUCAAAACAGAAUUCGAAACAAGGGCAAGGACAUGCGUGAGUUGAUAGUAUUGGCAAUUUAUGCAUCACUUCCGAGUGACAUGCAAGCAAAAAUAUUUGAACCUACUCCAGAGGGUGCAAGAAGAGUUAUUCUGGCUACUAAUAUCGCAGAGACUUCAAUUACCUUGAAUGAGAUCGUUUACGUGAUUGACUGCGGGUUUUGCAAGUUGAAUUCUUUUAGUCCGAAAACAGGAAUAGAGAGUUUGAUAACAGUGCCGUGUUCCAAGGCAUCUGCAAAUCAGAGAACUGGAAGGGCUGGAAGGGUAAAACCCGGCCACUGCUUCAGACUGUACACUAAAUUCUCCUAUGAAAAGGAGAUGGACGACGUAAAUGACCCAGAAAUACUUCGUUCGAAUCUAUCGCAUGUCGUACUUACUUUAAAGGCCUUGGGAAUUGACGAUCUAAUAAAUUUCGAUUUUAUGGACUCUCCAUCUCCAGAGACGCUAAUAAAGGCCCUUGAGCUCAUAUAUGCACUUGGAGCACUCAAUGACAACGGCGAAUUGACGAGACUUGGUAGGAAAAUGUCGGAACUACCGCUUGAUCCAAUGUACUCUAAAAUGCUGAUUUCAUCAUUCCGUUACAAAUGUACAGAAGAAUGCGUCACAAUUGCCGCCAUGUUGAACGUUGGAAAUAGCAUAUUUUAUAGACCAAAGGAUCGCAUAUUCCAUGCUGAUAAUGCCAGAAGAAACUUUUUUAAACAAGGAGGUGAUCACUUGACACUUUUGCAUGUUUUUAACGAGUGGGAAGAGACUGAGUUUUCAGUAUCCUGGUGUUAUGAGAAUUAUAUUCAAUAUAAAUCGAUGCAAAGAGCAAGAGAUAUCCGAGAACAAAUCAUGGAACUUAUAACACGCUUGGACAUUGGUGAUGGUGAACAGAAGGAAAAGGAAAGAGAAAAACAAAAUAAGGAGGAAGGAAAAUUGGAAGAUUUGGGAAAUGUGACAGAAAAUAUUCUAAAGAGUAUCACAAGUGGUUUCUUUGUGCAUGCGGCAACUAGGAGUACAUUCAGGGGAACAGCAUCAUAUAGGACUCUUAAAUACCCCCAAAAUGUUGACAUCCAUCCUCAAUCGUCUCUAUUUGAUCAGGAACCUAAGUGUGUAAUUUACGAUGAUUUAGUUCUGACUACAAAACAUUACAUGCGACAGGUUAUAGAGAUUAAACCGGAGUGGCUUACACAGCUUGCUCCUCAUUAUUACAAACAGGAUGAAGCGCUGCUAAAGCGCAAAAAAAUGCCAAAGUAG